AUGUCAACCGCCACCGCCGCCGUUUUCACUCCUCCGCCUCCUGUCCCUAUCCCUACCUAUAUCACUAGCCUCGGCCUUGGCUACUCCAUAGCCAUAGCUCUCGGUUUCCUCGUUCUUAUCUCCACCAUCAUCCUCUCCUCCUACAUCUGUUGCCGCGCCUCUCGCCUCCAUUUCUCCGCCUCUGCCUCAACCGGAGACGCUUCUUUCGGUAACCGUAGCAUCAUCGUACCACGGAUCAUAUUCGUGGCUGAAGACGACGAUCUCGAGUCUGCUGUCUCUGGAAAUGUCGUCGUUGGAGGACUUGAUCAACUAAUCAUUAACUCUUACCCUAAGUUUCCUUUCACUAAAGAUAUCGCCGUCGCCGCCGGUGAUGAUGGGUUUCACGACGGGUACGGUGAAGGAGGAGAUACGACGUGUUCGAUCUGUUUAUGUGAGUAUAAGGAGGAAGAGAUGCUAAGGAUGAUGCCCGAGUGUAAACACUACUUCCAUAUUUAUUGUCUUGACGCUUGGCUUAAGCUCAACGGUUCUUGUCCUGUUUGCCGGAAUUCUCCACUUCCGACGCCGCAAUCUACGCCGCAGUCGACUCCUUUGUCGGAAGUAGUGCCAUUGUCCCAAUACGCCGCCGAUCGGAGGAGAAGCAGAAGAUAA